GUUUAUUCAGAUUAGUACACAGCUACUCCUAGUCAGUCUGUUAUACUCUUUCUACAGUAGAUGCAUUGGUUGGUUCUAUUUGUUAGGCUUAAGUUGGAAAAACACCUGUGUAAGUCACACUGAGUCAAUUUCACGUUGCUAUUGUGGAAGUGUCAAAAUGCUGGCUUUUGCAAGUAAAUAUGUUUGUUGAAUCAUAUAUCUACUUUCUGCAUUCUCUAGCUCAGAAACGGGAAAACGGCGCAGUUAUUCAUCUGGUGAUAAAAGUUUCCAUUUCUACAUACACGCACGAAUACGUAAAUAACUUGAAUGUUUCUUCAAACACCUGAUGUUUAUUCCCACGCCCCAAAAGCUAUCCGGCAAAACGUCAUUCACUCUGCGACCGGAGACAGCUAUCCAUAUCGUGAAGGCCGCUCAAAAGUCCCCUUUUACAAACAGUUCUCAUCUGCAAGUUGGGCACAUCUUUUUUGACGUCAGAACUUCUAGUGUAGUCGAGUUCACCAGUCUUCAGCUGAUGCGUCUGCAUGUAAACAGAACUUGCCACGUGAUCAUGUGAACUGUCCGUGCCGUCAUUGGGAACGUUUGUGGAAACAAAAGGGACACCGAGCACUGUUGAGAUUCUGAGAAUAAACGGGCAACAUCCGGGUUGGGAUACCAGAAAGAGGACUAAACGAGUGUCUGUUUAGUGGGCAAACAUGGCUGGUGCUGUGCUGGGACAGCAUAACGGAUAUACGUGGUGAUAAGACUUUGUAUUGUGUUGUAGGUUUAUUGUAAGAUGUCAUUCACGAUGGAAGAUUCGUUAGAGUCCGACUGGGUAGCAGUGAGACCUAAUGUUUUUGAGGAGAAAGAAAGACAUAAGUUUACGUUUAUUGUGGCUUGGAACGAGAUUGAGGGGAAGUUUGCAAUAACAUGUCACAACCGGACUGUGCAGAGACAAAGAACUGUGGGCAGUGAUCCUGGUAUGAGAAACAUCGAUAGCACGGGAAUGGAAGUCACACAGCAAGAAAGUUUACAAAGCCCAAUAAAAGGAAGGCUAAAAGACACUAGUCCAUAUCGGAGGAGUGGGGUUAGGAGUCAGAUUGCGGGUGACGCACGAGUUAAGAGUCCUGGUCGGAGAGAUACAUCUGCUAGGGGAUUGGGGAAAGGUGAAAUUGGUAUCAGAAGUUCAUCACCAGCAAAAACGCCAACUAGCAGCCCACUAAAGAAACAAGUGGAUAGUAAGGAGUCAUCCACUAUACAAAAAGAUAUGAAGAGAUAUGAAGGAAAUAGUGAAGUUCUGGUGCUUUUAAAGGAAGAUUCAGGAUCCGGUGUCAACGAGUCUGAUCUAGCAGAUUUCCAAGACUUAGAAAGUAGGGAUGAAUGCAGCUGGGCUGGGCUUUUUUCUUUCCAGGACCUGCGAGCCAUCCACCAGCAGUUGUGUUCCGUGAAUUCAGAAAUGGAGUUUUGUUUGCCUGUUUUUCCUGAAGAGCCAUCAGCAAUGUGGUCAGUGUUGUUCGGAGCUCCGGAGAUGACAGAAGAAGAGGUUGAUACUCUGUGUUACCAGCUUCAGGUUUACUUGGGUCAUGCACUGGAUACGUGUGGGUGGAAGAUUCUUUCACAGGUCCUUUUUUCGGAGCAAGAUGACCCUGAAGAAUAUUAUGAAAGCCUCAGCGAACUUCGGCAGAAAGGGUAUGAAGAGGUCCUUCAAAGAGCUAGAAAACUACUUCAAGAGCUGUUGGAGAAACACAGAAAUACAGAGUGUAUGGUAGAACUACUUAAACUCUAUCAGGAGGAAGAUGAUGCGUAUAUUGUACUUGUUGAAGCCACUACAGAACUGUAUCAAUAUCUCUUACAACCAUUCAGAGACAUGAGAGAACUGGCUAUGCUGAGAAGGCAGCAGAUAAAGAUUUCCAUGGAAAAUGAUUACCUUGGCCCUCGAAGAAUAGAGAGUCUGAAAGAAGAAGAUGCGGACUGGCAAAGAAAAGCCCAUAUGGCAGUGCUGUCUAUUCAAGACCUAACAGUCAAGUAUUUUGAAGUAACUGCCAAAUCACAGAAAGCUGUGUAUGAACGGAUGCGAGCAGACCAGAAGAAAUUUGGGAAAGCAGCUUGGGCAGCAGCAGUGGAACGAAUGGAAAAACUUCAGUAUGCCGUUAACAAAGAAACACUACAGCUUAUGAGGGCUAAAGAAAUCUGCCUGGAGCAGAGGAAGCAUGCACUGAAAGAAGAGAUGCAAAGUUUACAAGGUGGGGCAGAGGCAGUGGUACUUCUGGACCAGCUAGAACGGGACUAUUAUGACUUACAACUGCAACUGUAUGAAGUCAAGUUUGAGAUCCUGAAGUGUGAAGAGUUAUUGCUCACAGCGCAGUUGGAAAGCAUUAAAAGACAGAUGUCAGAAAAGCAAGAUGAUGUGGUUUACUAUGACACUUACGAAAGUUUGGAAGCAAUGCUUGAAAAAGAGGUGAUGACAACAUCUGUAACGUCUCAAAGGGAAGAGCUAAAGAGGCUGCAGCAGACAGUGCGACAGUUAGAAGCAAAGCGUGGACGUAUUUCCGCCAAGAAAGCCUACCUCAGAAACAAGAAGGAAAUCUGCAUCGCAAAAAACAAUGAAAAGAUUCAGCAACAGCAGCGAAACGAAGACGACUACAGAUUACAUCAUAGUGUACAGCUGAAACGAGAACAGGUAAAGGAAGACGAAGAAAGGAAAAGCAAAUGGGUCAGCCAGGAGAGACAGAAGACACUGGAUCGACUCCGUACAUUUAAACAAAGGUAUUCUGGGCAAGUUGUACUUAAGUCAACCAGACUUCGAUUGCCGCUAGGUAGACGGAGAAGUGGAACCACUACGCCAUCAGCGGAUCAGCCUCAUAGUCUUCAUGUGACCAUGCAGAUACAUGACACAGCUGAUGAGGUAUCAUUAGGAGCGUACCUGCGUAAGCCUGGAAGUCAGAAUGUCAGGGGUGCUGUGCAGAGUGAAUGUGUUUCUUUACCUCCCCAAGUCUUACCUUUGGAUUUUUCUCAAACUGCAUUUGUUCCGAAUUUGAGCUGUAAAGAAACAAUCGCAGAGGAAGAUAACUCCUCAGGGCCUCAUUCACUGCUGCUGUCAAUACCACCACCACCACCACCACCACCACCACCGCCACCACCUCCACCACCACCUCCUCCAACUCCAUUAACAAGUGAAGAUCUGGAAACUGCCCUGCAGAAAGCAGAAAGUCCUGUGAAGCAGCAUCAACCAGAAGACACAGGGGUCCCAAAACCACUUGGGGUACCUACCCAACAGUUCUUUGAUAGCAGCCAAUUGGUUACCGCUAGAAAUAAACUGAGAAAGGCAUCAGCUGUGGAAAGCUCACAGAAAAAGAAAGUAACUUCACCAAUGGAUGAAGUACUGGCUUCUCUGAAGCGAGGUAGCUUCCAUUUGAGAAAAGUUGAACAGAGAAAUCUGCGCCCUUUCCCAGAUGAAGACGACAACAACAGCAUCUUGGCACAGAUCAGAAGGGGUGUGAAACUGAAGAAAGUGCAAAAGGAAUCCCUUAGGGAUUCCUUUGCAGACAUGCCUGAUGCUGAUCCCUUGACUCGCAGCAUCCAUGAAGCACUGAAAAGGAUCAAAGAGGCAUCACCUGAAUCAGAUGAUGAUGACGACAGCCUACCUUCCACUGACUGGGAUAAUUAACUUGUAAUAUUUUUCAGUCUUUCUUUUCUGCUGUGUUAAUUGAUGUGACCCUUCUUGAUGCUGUCACUUCCAUCCAGGAUGUACAGAGUAAAACAAAUGACUUGGUUGGCAGAAUCAGAAUUCUUCCUUGAAAACUGUGCCUAAAUUUAAAUUCUGUAUUUAUAAGUUAGGAAGGGUACACUUAAAAAGUUAUGUAGACCUCUCAUUACAGAGGAACAUAAAUGCACUCAGCAGUAUUUUCCGUUUCAGAGUAUCAGUCAGACUAGCUUUGCUUACAUAAUGGGGCAUCGAAAAGCCAAACAGGUCUCCUUUGUACUUUAGAAAAUCUUAAAUCUUUUACUCAUAAAAGGCACCUGCCAGUUGAGUUUGUCAUAAACUCAUGUAAUUAUGUAGUUUAUGAAUUAUAAUGAUAAGCAUAAAAUAUAUUUUUAAUGAA